AAGAGGUCAGUGUUGCUUUCAGAUCAAAUCCAAACCCCUUUCUCUCAAAUGCGGAAUUCCAAGACCCUAAUCCUAGAAGUCGCUCCUCUCUUUCUCCACUCGAAGAAGGUCAAAGAGGAGAAAUUCGAAAACCCUAACCGUAACCCCAAUCCCAGCCAUGAAUUCCAGGGCCCAUCGCCUCAUCUCCCCUCAGAUCCUCUUCUCCACCGUCCGAUCCGGCGAUCUCUCUUCCCUCAGGCUCCUCCUUGAGGGAUCGCCGUCCUCAGCUGACGGAGGGGGUGCUGACUUGGCUGACGAUGACCGUGCUGUAAUCUCGUCGCUCGUGGCGCAGCAGAACGGUGCCGGUGAGACUGCGCUCUAUAUCGCUGCAGACAACAAUCUCGAGGAGAUCUUCAGCUACUUGCUGGGGUUCUGCGAUCUCGAGACAGCCUUGGUCAAGACAACUGUCGGGAUCAACGCGUUCCACAUCGCGGCCAAGAAUGGGAAUUUGGGGAUUGUGAAAGAGCUUUUGAGCCAUUGGCCCGAACUUUGUAACUCGUGUGACAACACAAAUACUAGUCCCCUUUAUUCAGCUGCUGUUAAGGAUCAUUUGGAUGUGGUAAAUGCCAUAUUAGAUGCAGAUGGAACUGCAGCCAGGGUCGUGAGGAAAAAUGGGAAAACUUCAUUACAUACAGCUGCUAGAAUUGGUUAUUAUCAUAUAGUAAAAGCUCUGCUAGACAGAGAUCCAGAAAUUGUUUCUAUCAAAGAUAAGAAGGGCCAGACAGCACUUCAUAUGGCUGUUAAAGGCAAAAAUACUGAUGUAGUGGAGGAGAUGUUGGUUGCUGAUCUUUCUAUUCUCAAUAUGCGGGAUAGGAAGGGAAAUACGGCUUUGCAUAUAGCAACAAGGAAAUGGCGUCCGCAGAUGGUGCAACUUCUACUGAGCUACGAAUCCAUUGAUGUCAAUGUUAUUAAUAACCAGCACGAAACAGCCAUGGAUUUGGCAGAAAAAAUCCCGUAUGGGGAUUCAGCAAUGGAAAUUACAGAAGCACUUGCAGAGGCUGGUGCCAAGCAUGCGAGGAAUGUCGGUAAAGCAGAUGAAGCUAUGGAUCUGACGAGGACUGUGAGUGAAAUAAAACAUGAGGUGCGUUCUCAAUUUGAGCAGAAUGCAAAGACCAACAAACGAAUGUCAGGGAUUGCCAAAGAGCUCCGGAAGCUGCAUAGAGAAGCCGUUCAAAACACCACCAAUUCAGUAACUCUCGUCGCUGUUUUGAUUGCUUCCAUUGCUUUCAUGGCUAUCUUUAAUCUGCCAGGCCUAUAUAAUGAUGCUGGCAAAGCCAAUGUAGCGGACGAGAUUGGAUUCCGCGUGUUCUACCUGUUGAAUGCUACUGCUCUCUUUAUAUCUUUGGCUGUUGUCGUGGUUCAGAUAACUUUAGUUGCCUGGGAAACUAGUGCUCAGAAACAGGUUAUUUCAGUGGUGAACAAGCUCAUGUGGGCUGCCUCUCUUAGCAUUUGUGGAGCUUUCCUCUCAUUAUCUUACGUGGUCGUGGGAAGCCGUGACUCAUGGAUGGCUACUACCAUUACAGUAGUUGGUGGGUCGAUCAUGAUUGGAACUCUGGCUAGCUUGUGCUACUUGGUGCUCCGCCAACAUGUUGGGAAGUUUGGUGAUGACUCUCAGAGACGUAUUAGGAGGGCAAGUGCCAGCAAAUCUUUCUCAUGGUCUGUGUACUCAGCAUUGUCAGACCCUGACGAGUACAACUCCGACCAUGAGAAGAUAUAUGCUCUGUAACUUUGUAUUAGGAAUGUAAAGCAUGUAAAAGGCUAGUUACAGCUAUUGUGAAUAUCUUGUGUAUUUGUCGUGAGCCAGUAGCAGUUGCGUUGGUGAGUUACUACCGAUUGAGAGCUCUUAACCAUCAAAGCUACAGUUUGCUUUUGUAUCUUUAAUAACAGAAACUGGCUAGGGCAGGUUCUAUUGUAUGAAGAUGAUGACAAAUGGGAAGAGUGUAGCUUUAUGUAUAUGCAAGUAAUAUUUAAUAAAAACUGUAACAGAUAUUU